AUGAUAGAGGAGGGCAGUAAACGAGGCCAGGCCGUGGUGGAGAAGAGACAACUCUUCAUGGAGAUGAGUGAGUAGACAGAGAGAGAAAGAGCUCCAGAGCCAAACCAUUACUAUUCAUUUACACUCUGUUGUUAAGACUCUGCUGUGUCUUAGCCAAGCCAUUCACUCUUGCACAGUAAGGUAUUAUACUGUACAUUCCCCUCUACUUCAGGGGUUCUCAAAGUUGGGUCCGGGGACCCCUGUGGGUCUGCAGAGGUACCGCAGGGAGUCCACGGCCAGAUCCCAAAAUAUAUAUAUUUUUGUUUUUACAUUAGCAACAGCAGAUUAAACAAAUCUUGGCCAAGGGUUCCGUGGAAUAAGUUUAGAGGUUGUAAUACAAUACAAUACAAAACAAUGUAAUAUUAUUAAUCUACAAUUUAUGUUCUUAACCCUGGGCAACAUGGGCCUGGGAGGCUAACAGGGAUAUUGGUAUCCACAGUUAAUCCACCAAUUAUACAUUUUUCAACUCAAUACUUCUUGUAUUCUCCCAAAAAUUAUUUUAUUUUAACAUAAAUGCACUGUAAUUUAAGCUUUAAAACAGCAAAUGUUUCUCUGCCUCACGGCAGAAUGUGUAGAAUUGCAGGAUAUUAGCUUUAAAGCUGCAACAAUGAAUCUUUGUGCCCCAUGACAGAUUGUGUAGAAUUGCAGUACAUUUGCUUGAAAACUGCAAAAAUGUAUCUCCGAUGCCAAGAGAUAGGCCUUUAAAAUUGUAUUUCUCAGGGCCCUAGACUUGGUUCAUCCGGCCCAUGCACUGCCGAAGUCAUAUUAGAUCGCCUUGUAUGCUAUUCUUUAAAAACAAAUCUUACUCUAGUUGCGUUCUGAUUUAUGAGUAGGUCCCUGAUGAAUUUGCUUUCACAAAAGGGGUCCCCGGCCCCAAAAAGUUUAAGAACCCCUGCAGUACAUGCACUGACUGAGAGUGAAAUAUCCAGAGCAAAACCAUGACUAAUCAUUCACACUGCUGUGUCUUAGUCAAGCCAUUCACAGCCAUACACGUUACAGUAUACCGUACAGUGGGUUUUGUGUGGUUGUGUUAGAGUUUGUUGAGUCAUCUUUCUAUUUUUAUCAGGGGCACAAAACUUUGACGUCAUCAGACUGUCAACCUAUAGGACGGCCUGCAAGCUAAGAUUCGUGCAGAAAAGGUGCAACGGUAAGUACUGCCUUCCUCUACUGAACAUCUUACUCUGACGUUUUCAACUGGUACACAUGACAAUGUCACAUGUUUGUUUCACAUACGGUACACUUGAACAUCAUUCAUUGAUGUUGAAGAAAUCAAUUAUUUUCUAAAUCUCUCCUUCCCUCCUCCCCCUAUCUCAGUGCACCUGGUGGAUGUGUGGAACAUGAUCGAGGCGUUCCGUGACAGCGGUCUGAACACGCUGGACCACAACGCAGAGAUCAACGUGUCUAGACUGGAGACCAUCCUGUCCUCCAUCUACUACCAGCUCAACAAGCGUCUUCCCACCAUGCACCAGAUCAACGUAGAGCAGUCCAUUAGUCUGCUCCUCAACUUCAUGGUGGCCACAUACGACAGGUGCACUACAUUAGACACAGGAUGUACAUUAGAUAUAUAAUAUGACAUAUACACUGAGUAUACAAACAUUAGGAACUGCUCUAUCCAUGACAUAAACUGACCAGGUGAAUCCAGGUGAAAACUAUGAUCCCUUAUUGAUUCACCUGUUAAAUCCACUUCAAUCAGUGUAGAUGAAGGGGAGGAGACAGGUUAAAGAAGUAUUUUUAAGCCUUGAGACAAUUGAGACAUGGAUUGUGUAUGUGUGCCAUUCAAAGGGUGAAUGGGCAAGACAAAAUAUUUAAGUGCCUUUGAACGGGGUAUGGUAGUAGGUGCCACGCUCAACGGCUUCCCGUGUGUAUCAAGAGUGGUCCACCACCCAAAGGACAUCCAGCCAACUUGACACAACUGUGGGAAGCAUUGGAGUCAACAUGUGACACUUUCGACACCUUGUAGAGUCCAUGCCCCGACAAAUUGAGGCUGUUCCGUGGGCAAAAGGGGUGCAACUCAAUAUUAGGAAGGUGUUCUUAAUAUUUUGUACACUCAGUGUUGUAACGACGACGCAGGGAGUCAGGAAGCAGGUGCAGAUGGUGAGUUUAAUAAUAACGAACAUAGAGAGUUACAAAACAAGAGAAGCGUCUGGACAUGAAAACAGAACCAGUACUGCCUGAUGACUGAGGCUGGUGAGGGCUAUAUGAAGGGAGAGUAACCAGGGUGGUGAUUAAGUCCAGGUGUGCUUAACGAUGGGGAGCAGGUGUGCGCAAUGAUGGUUGCCAGGUGUGCGCAAUGAUGGUUGCCAGGUGUGCGCAAUGAUGGUUGCCAGGUGUGCGCAAUGAUGGUUGCCAGGUGUGCGCAAGGAUGGUUGCCAGGAAGGGUGGUUAGUAGACCGGCGACGUCGCGCGCCAGAGGGAGGGAGCAGGAGAAGGCGUGACAAGUGUAUACAUUUGCAUUGAUAUAAGUUUGGUGCAACACCUUAUUUUCAGAACAAGAUAUAAUUUCUUUAUUUUUUUUAUAUUUUCUUGUACUUUUAGCCCUUUUUCUCAGAAUUUCGUGAUAUCCAAUUGGUAGGUCUUGUCCCAUCGCUGCAACUCCCCUACGGACUCGGGAGAGGCGACGGUCGAGAGCCAUGCGUACCAUGAAACACGACCCUGCCAAGCCGCACUGUUUCUUGACAUACUGCUCGCUUAACCCGGAAGCCAGCCGCACCAAUGUGUCGGAGGAAACACCGUCCAGCUGGUGACUGAAGUCAGCUUGCAGGCACCCGGCCUGCCACAAGGAGUCGCUAGAGCGCAAUGGGACAAGGAAUUCCGGCCUGCCAAACCCUCCACUAACCCGGACGACACUGGGCCAAUUGUGCGCUGCCUCAUGGGUCUCCCGGUCACGGCCGGCUGUGACACAGCAGAUCGUGUAGCGAAAUGCUUAUGUUCCUAGCUCCAACAGUGCAGUAAUAUCUAACAAUGCACAACAAUACACACAAAUCUAAAAAGUGAAAGAAUGGAAUUAAGAAAUAUAUAAAUAUUAGGACGAGCAAAGUCGGAUUCCGGAGUAUAAUCCGACUUUAUAUUAAUUAUAUAUAUUAUAUAUAUUAAACGUGAUGGGAUGAAAGUGUAAAGCACGUCAGAUGAUUGUGUCUGUGUGUACCUGGACUAAAUUAAUCAGUAUGCUGGACUGAACUCUGAGCUCUCCCCUUCAAAUGAUUUUGGGCCUUCAGACAACAUGGUCAAGAUGGAUUCAGAAGUGGCAGUUAUUUGUUCUACAUUGUGGUCAGCAAGCUAAAGCUAGUAGAUCAUGGAAAAAAGUAUUUGCUUUGUUGUAAAGGGAAUAUGCUUCUCCUUUGUCAGUAUGAUAACAGUGUGUGUGUUUCAGUUGUGAAUAGAUACCUUUGUUAUACAUUUAGGAAAAUGUAUGUUUUUUUGUGUGUUUAGUGAAGGCCACGGGAAACUGACCAUUUUCUCGAUGAAGUCCAUGUUGGCGACUAUGUGUGGAGGGAAAAUAGUGGACAAACUACGUUGUAAGUAUAUGUUCAUGAACUUAGCCCAGGGUAUAAGUUACAGUUAAAGCAACUUAAAGGAAAGUUAAUUCUGUUCUGCAGUAGUCACACUUUUAAUUUGAUGGCUUAGUUUGCAAAUUAGUUUGCAUCAGACAACAGGAAAUCCUGAAUACAUGUAGGCUACAACAGGGGUUUUCAAAGUGGGGUCUUUUGCCAGAUCUCAAAAUACAUGUAAAAAACAAAAAAGGUUUUCUCAUAAAAAAUGGAAAAAAAAGAAUAUUACUAACAACAACAGAUUAAACAAAUGUUGGUCAAGGGAUACAUGGAAUACAUUUAGAGGGUGUAAUGCCAUACAAUGUAAUAUUAUUAAUCUACAAUGUAUGUUCUUAACCCUGGGAAACAUGGACCUGGGAGGCUCACAGGGAUAUUAAAAUGGAUUACAUUUAGAUUCUUUGGUCACUGGCCUACACACAAUACCCCAUAAUGUCAAAGUGGAAUUAUGUUUUUAGAAAUGUUUACAAAUUAAUAAAAAAUGAAAAGCUGAACAAGUCACAUAAUAAGUUGCAUGGACUCACUCUGUGUGCAAUAAUAGUGUUUAACAUGAUUUUUUAAUGACUACCUCAUCUCUGUAUCCCACACAUACAAUUAUCUGUAAAGUCCCUCAGUCGAGCAGUGAAUUUCAAACAUAGAUUCAACCACAAAGACCAGGGAGGUUUUCCAAUGCCUUGCGAAGAAGGGCACCUAUUGGUAGAUGAGUAAAAAAAAAGCAGACAUUGAAGAACCCUUUGAGCAUGGUGAAGUUAUUAAUUCAACUUUGGAUGGUGUAUCAAUACACCCAGUCGCUGCAAAGAUACCGGCGUCCAUCCUAACUCAGUUGCCAGAGAGGAAGGAAAUCGCUCAGGGAUUUCACAAUGAGGCCAAUGGUGAUUUUAAAACAGUUACUGAGUUUAAUGGCUGUGAUAGGAGAAAACUGAGGAUGGAUCAACAACAUUGUAGUUAUUCCACAAUAGUAACCUAAUUGACAGAGUGAAAUGAAAGAAGCCUGUACAGAAUAAAAAUAUUCCAAAACAUGCAUCCUGUUUGCAACAAGGCCUUAAAGUAAUACUGCAAAACAUUUUGCAAAGCAAUUAACUUUUUGUCCUAAAUACAAAGUGUUAUGUUUGUGGCAAAUCCAAUACAACACUCUCCAUAUUUUCAGGCUGCAUCAUGUUAUGGGUAUGCUUGUAAUCGUUAAGGACAGGGGAGUUUUUCAGAAAAAAAAUGAAACAAAAUGGAGCUAUGCACAGGCAAAAUCCUAGAGGAAAAUCUGGUUCCGUCUGCUUUCCACCAGACACUGGGAGAUGAAUUCAUCUUUCAACAGGACGAUAACACAAAACAAAGCCAAAUCUACACUAGAGUUGCUUACCAAGAAGACGGUGAAUGUUCCUGAAUGGCAGAGUUACAGUUUUGACUUAAAUCGGCUUGAAAAUGGUUGUCUAGCAAUGAUCAACAACCAAUUUGACAGAGCUUGAAGAAUUUUGAAAAUAAUAAUGGGCAAAUGUUGCACAAUCCAGGUGUAGAAAGUUCUUAGAGACUUCCCCAACAAUUCACAGCUGUAAUCGCUGGAAAAAGUCAAGGGGUGUGAAUACUUUCUGAAGGCACUGUAAUUUAAGCUUCAAAACUGCAACGUUUUCUCUCUGCCUCGUAGUACAAAUGUUUGAAUUGCAGGUUAUUAGCCUUGAAGCUGCAACAAGAAAAAAUCUCUCUGCCCCAUGACAAAAUGUGUAGAAUUGCAGGAAAUUAGCUUAAACUGCUAAACGUUCUCUCCAAUGCCAAGAAGAGGGCCUUUAAAAUGUUGUAUGUUCCUUGCAUGCUAUUUUUUUCUCACUCGAGUUGUUUUCUGAUUAUAAAGGGGGUCCCUGAUGAAUUUGCUUCAACAAAUUGGGUACCUGGCCCCAAAAAGUUUGAGAACCCCUUGGCUACAGUGUCUGCAGUUGCAUAAAUGAUACACAAAGGGACGCUGUUGAGUCACAUUUCCAGCACUAACGUUGUUGUAGUUUUAUAAGAUGGAAGUGUCAAGAAGAAGGAUCAUCCAUAGCUCAUAUUCAAUAAAUUGUAGAAAUAGCUUAUAUAUGGCAUAGAUGUACAGUACUAGUAAAAGUUUGGACACACCUACUCAUUCCAGGGUUUUUCUUAAUUUUUACUAUUUUCUACAUUGUAGAAUAAUAAAUUGAUGACAUCAAAACUAUGAAAUAACACAUAUGGAAUCAUGUAGUAACCAAAAAAGUGUUAAACAAAUCAAAAUAUAUUUUAUAUUUGAGAUUCUUCAAAGUAGCCACCCUUGGCCUUGAUGACAGCUUUGCACACUCUUGGCAUUCUCUCAACUAGCUUCAUGAGGUAGUCACCUGGAAUGAAUUUCAAUUAACAGGUUAGCCUUGUUAAUUUGUGGAAUUUCUUUCCUUCUUUAUCCGUUUGAGCCAAUCGGUUGUGUUGUGACAAGGUAGGGUUGCUAUACAGAAGAUAGCCCUAUUUGGUAAAAGACUGAGUCCAUAUUCUGGCAAGAACAGCUCAAAUAAGCAAAGAGAAACGACAAUCCAUCAUUACUUUAAGACAUGAAGGUCAGUCAAUUGGAACAUUUCAAGAACUUUGAAAGUUUCUUCAAGUGCAGUCGCAAAAACCAUCAAGCGCUAUGAUGAAACUGGCUCUCAUGAGGACCGGCACAGGAAAGGAAGACCAAGAGUUACCUCUGCUGCAGAGGAUAAGUUCAUUAGCGUUAACUGCACCUCAGAUUGCAGCCCAAACAUAUGCUUCACAGAGUUCAAGUAACAGACACAUCUCAACAUCAACUGUUCAGAAGAGACUGCAUGAAUCAGUCCUUUAUGGUCGAAUUGCUGCAAAGACACCACUACUAUCUGUCCUUUGGUCUGAUGAGUCCAAAUGUGAGAUUUUUGGUUCCAACUGCUGUGUCUUUGUGAGACGCAGAGUAGGUGAACAGAUGAUCUCCGCAUGUGUGGUUCCCACCGUGAAGCAUGGAGGAGGUGGUGUGAUGGUGUGGGGGUGCUUUGCUGGUGACACUGUCUGUCAUUUAUUUAGAAUUCAAGGCACACUUAACCAGCAUGGCUACCACAGCAUUCUGCAGCGAUACGCCAUCCCAUCUGGUUAGCGCUUAGUGGGACUAUCAUUUGUUUUUCAACAGGACAAUGAUCCAAAACACACCUCCAGGCUGUGUAAGGGCUAUUUGACCAAGAAGGAGAGUGAUGGAGUGCUGCAUCAGAUGUCCUGGCCUCCACAAUCACCCAACCUAAACCCAAUUGAGAUGGUUUGGGAUGAGUUGGACCGCAGAGUGAAGGAAAAGCAGCCAAGAAGUGAUAUAUGUGGGAACCCCUUCAAGACUGUUGGAAAAGCAUUCCUCAUGAAGCUGGUUGAGAGAAUGCCAAGAGUGUGCGACGCUGUCAAGGCAAAGGGUGGCUAUUUGAAGAAUCUAAAAUAUAUUUCGAUUUGUUUAACACUUUUUUGGUUACUAUGUGUUAUUUCAUAGUUUUGAUGCCUUCACUAUUAUUCUACAAUGUAGAAAAUAGUAAAAAUACAGAAAAACCCUUGAAUGAGUAGGUGUGUCCUAGCUUUUGACUGGUACUGUAUGUAAACUUUAUGUACUCACCACCGCUCUCUACCCCUCUAUCUCUCUACCUCUACACCUCUCUCUCUACCUCUCUCUCUACCUCUAUACCUCUCUCUCUACCUCUAUACCUCUCUCUCUACCUCUACCCCUCUCUCUCUACCCUCUACACCUCUCUCUCUACCUCUACACCUCUCUCUCUCCCUCUACACCUCUCUCUCUACCCUCUACACCUCUCUCUCUCUACCUCUACACUCUUCCUCUACCUCUACCCUCUCUCUCUAUCUACACUCCUCUACUCUACACCUCUCUCUCUCCUAACCUCUCUCUCUACCUCUCUCUCUCUACCUCUCACACCUCUCUCUCUAAACCUCUACCCCUCACCUCUCUCUUACUCUACCUCUCUCACCUCUCUCUCUACCUCUCCUACCUCUACACUCCUCUACCUCUCUACUACCUACACCUCUCUCUCUACUCUCUACCUCCUCUCUCUAUACCUCUCUCUCUACCCUCUCUCACCUCACUCUCUCUCUACCUCUACACUCCUCUCUACCUCUCUCUCUACAUCUACACUCUCUCCUACCUCUACCUCUCUAUCUACCUCUCUCUUACCUCUACACUCUUCUCUACCUCUACACCUCUCUCUCACCCUACAUCUCUCUACCUCUACUCUUACCCCUCUAUCCUCUCUCUCACUCUACCUCUCUCCUACACUCUCUCUCCUCUACACCUCUCUCUCUACCUCUACACCUCUCUCUACCUCUCUACACCUCUCUCUCUCUCUCCUCUACACCCCUCUCUACCUCUACACCUCUCUCUCCCCUCUACACCUCUCUCCACCUCUUCCUCUCUUUCUGUCUCUCUCUCGCAGAUAUCUUCUCGCAGAUCUCUGACUCUAAUGGUGUGAUGGUCUUUGCUAAGUUUGACCAGUUUCUUCGUGAAGUUCUGAAGCUGCCCACAGCUGUGUUCGAGGGCCCGUCGUUUGGAUACACAGAACACUCCGUACGGACAUGCUUCCCUCAGCAGGUAGGUUGGACAGACCAAGAGGGUUUCUCUCACUGAAAUAAUAUACAGCGUGCAUAAUAUACUUAGAGAGAGAGAUGUGAACAGAGGAUGAGGGAGGAACCUUGUAAAUAUAGUCCACAGACCAUAAAAGAUUGAAUGGACAUCACUCCAAAAGGUUAUCUUCAAUAAGCUAUGCACAUUCAUCUAUUAUUGAAGAUGACCUUUUGCAGUGGUGUCCAUUUCAUUCACUAUGGGUUACGUCCCAAAUGGCACCUUAUUCCCUAAUGGCACCCUAUUCCCUAUAUAGCGCACUAAUUUUUACCAGAACCCAAUGGGCCCUGGUCAAAAGUAGUGCACUACAUAGGGAAUAGUAUGCCAUUUGAGACAAACAAUGGACAAGCUUUUGCUGUUCUGCUGUCAAUUAACCUUACCUAAAUCUGUUUGUAUCCAGAUCUAUCUGAGAAUGAUUUAUAUUGUUCCAUUCUGCUCUUCUAUCUGUAUAACUGAAUGCUUUGUGGUGUGUUUGUAUCUAGAAGUUCUUCUCUGUAUAACUGAAUAUAUUGUGGUGUGUUUGUAUCUAGAAGAAGAUCUUGCUGAACACGUUUUUGGACAUUUUGAUGGCAGAUCCGCCCCCCCAGUGUCUCGUAUGGUUACCUCUCAUGCACCGACUUGCUAAUGUUGAAAAUGGUAACGUUUCCCUGUUAUUAGUUCCCUUGACUUUAUUUUCACAGUGAAUUUUCCAAACACCAAUAAUAGUCAUUCUAAUCAAUCUAAGCAUUUGUAUUGAGAAAUGUGGUAAGACUUCACUUAAAGCCUGUAGAUAUUAUGCUUUAUCACUUGUUAUAAGCAUAUAUGUGCUAUUAUAUUGUCUUAUAAUAUGUUAUGUCUCUCUGUAUCAACAUUUCAUCAGUGACCUACUAACCAUUUAUCUUUGGUUUCCUCUAGUCUUCCAUCCCGUGGAAUGUUCUUAUUGCCGGAGUGAAAGUAUGAUGGGGUUCCGUUACCGGUGCCAACAGUGCCAUGGCUACCAACUCUGUCAGAGCUGCUUCUGGCGUGGCCAUGCCAAUGGUCCCCAUAGCAACCAGCAUCAGAUGAAGGAGCACUCCUCUUGGGUAGGCACGGCAACCACAAAGGCUGUAUCGCAAUUGGUUAUUAAAAUCCCUCCUCUCCUUGUCUCCUCCCCUUCAUCUGCACUCGUUGUAAAGAUAAUGGACAGGUGAAAACAAUAUGGUGGAAGCUCAUUAUUAGACUGGCUUUCACCUGCUCGGUUCUUUCAGGUCAGUACAAUGAAGGAGAGGAGGCGAAGAGGAGACAUAUUUUUAAGACCACGUCCCACAAUCACACUCAUACACACCAAAGAUAAGUUAUGAUAGUUUCAGCUUAACGAAUACCAAGAUUCAGCCUUCCUUUGCGCUCAGACAAUCCAAUAGCCACCUGCAUGCAUAAGCAGAGCAUUGGGCUUGUUUCCACAUCAACUAACCUUUUUUAAAUAUUCUGAAAAGGGAUUUUAUGGGUUUUUACUCAUUCCAGCAAAUUUAAUUGAAUUGAUUUAAUUUCCAAAGCAAAGCCAAUGCCAGCAUUCUCCCAAUUUUCAAUCAGUGUGAUGUAAAUUGAUGCUGGGAAAAUGAUUUGCACUGGUUACAAAUCCAAUCCUGAACUCUCUCUGUGCCCACGAUCAGGAUGGUAAUUAUUAUUUUAUUUUGAGGGCAUCAUGGCCAGAAUGAAAUGGCUGAGCAUAUUUGGAAGUAGAAAAAGGGCAUGGAAAUUGUCAGAGUAAACAUCUAUGACAAAGCAAAGAGAACUACGAAUUUGGUCCCAUUCUGCUUGAACCAACCUUGUCAUUCUCGGUACACAAUGCAUUACAUAAUAUAACUGGGUAUUUUAGAAACAUUUAAGGUCAAUUACUAUACAUCUCUUUACACUACUUCUAUAAGCAAUUCCCACAUUAUAACAGACAGGGUUGGGGUCAAUUUCCCUUCAAUCAAUUCAGGAAGUAAACUGGAAUUUCAGUAUACUUCCUGAAUCGACUGAAUUGUCCUGAAUUGAAUGAAUUAAAAUAUAAUCAACCCCUAACCCUGAUAAUAAAAAUAGUGAAUGUAAUGUCCACCGUCUUGUUUCUGCCUCUCACAGAAGUCUCCGGCUAAAAAACUGAGCCACGCCAUCAGUAAGUCUCUGGGCUGUGUCCCCAUUGGAGAGCUACCUCACCCUGUGUUCCCUGAGCAGUUAGAGAAACUACAGGACAGCAUGCCACACACUGUGUAA